AUGUUAAGCGAGAGAGGCUGCGUUUGGGCGGGAUCCCAGAACGAGACGGUGAUUGAUGGUUCGAUGGUCAAGGAAGGUCUGGCGCCCGCCCAGCCGGUGCUGCCGGAGAACGCCUUCGUGGUGCAGCUGCACAAAGGCAUGAUCAAGGGAGGCAACGUGCAGCCCGGCAUGGUCCUGGAUUUGGCGGACGAGGACAUCUGCAUCGUGAAGGAAGUUGACGGAGGGUUGGCCGGAGCUUGGAACUCCUCCUGCGAUGUGUCCCUUCAGAUUAGGCCCUUCGACCGCAUCAUCCGCGUCAACGGCAUCUCGGGGUCAAGCCGCGAUUUGGCGCAGAUCCUGCUA